UCUUUUUCUCUAUCGAUUUUCAUCUUAUUCUUGUCAAAAACCAUGACUAGAAAGAAGGUGAAGCUUGCUUUCAUUGAGAAUGAUACUGCAAGGAAAACAACUUACAAGAAAAGGACGAAGGGUUUAUUGAAGAAGGUCGAGGAAUUAUCAACCCUUUGCGGUAUUGAUGCUUGUGCGAUAGUUUAUGGCCCAUAUGAUCCUCAACCUGAGAUCUGGCCGUCGCCGUCGGGAGUUGAAAAGGUGCUUUUGAAAUUCAAGACAGCGCCUGAGUUUGAUCAAAGCAGAUGGAUGGUGGAUCAAGAGAGUUUUCUCAAACAAAGAAUUGGGAAGGCUGAAAAGCAACUUAAAAGGCAAUGGGCGGAUAACAAAGAGACAGAGACAACCAUGCUGAUGUUUCAAUGUCUCAAUGCUGGGAAUGUCGAGCAGAACGAUAUGUCGAUGGAUGUUUUGAAUGAUCUUUCUUGCAUGAUUGAUCAUAAUUUGAGGAAGAUUGGUAGAAGGAUUGAAUCAGGUGAUAGUGAAAAUCCAAUCGAAAGUCAAGUCAUGGCUGCUCAAAGCCAAGUCCAACUCCCUAUGGCACCACCUCCGCCACUACUACCACCACCGCCACCACCACCAACCGUACCUGAUAAUGAUGUUAUUGAAAUGAUGAGUAGGUUGGGAUGGCUAUGA